ACCUUUACACUUGUUCUUCAGACAGGACAGCGUCAAUUAAAACACACGGACACAAACUAAAACAGAACACCAUGAAGGUUCUUGUGGUGCUUGCACUUGCUGUAUUUACAGGUUGCCAGGCCAACCUCUUCUAUGCUGAUGAGCCCAAGCCACAGCUGGAGCAGCUGACAGAUACUUUCUGGAGCUAUGUUGCGAAGACAACACAAACCGCAGAGGAAACCGUCAACAUGAUCCGGUCUUCCCAGCUGGGACAGGAAGUCAAUGCCAGACUGACCCAGAGUGCCGAUAUGGCCAGCGAAUAUGCCGUCACCCUCAAGAAACAGAUGGAUCCUCUGACUGAAGAGCUGAUGACCAAAAUCACCAAGGAGACUGAAGCAUUGAGAGAGCGUCUGGGCCAGGACCUGGUCAGUGUGAGAGACAAACUGGAGCCCUAUGCUGACAACCUCAAGAGCCAGAUCCAGCAGAGAGUGGAGGAGCUCAGGACGGCCAUGGCUCCAUACGCUGACUCCCUGGAUUCUGAGACCCUGAAGGCCACUCUGCUCCAGAAGAGCGAGGAGCUGAGAGGAAACCUGGAGCAGAGCGUGAAGGAUCUGCAGUCUCAGAUGGAGCCCUACACUGCUGAGAUCAAGGAGAAAGUAGAUAAACAUCUGCAGGAGUUCCAGAAGACUGUGGCCCCCCUGGCUGAGGAUCUUCAGGCCCAGAUUAGAGAGAGAGCCCAGAUGGUCCAGCAGAGUCUCACACCCUACGCUGAAGACCUGAAGGAAAAGCUGGAUCCCUAUGCACAGGAUCUGCAGGCCCAGCUCACCUCCCUGUACGAGUCCUUCAUCAAGAGAAAUUAGAUGCUUCAAAGACAU